AUGUCGCAGUCGAUCUUCUCCCGGCCCGUCUCCAUGGACUAUGAGCAUGACCAUGACCGUGACCAUGACCGUGAGCGGGAUGGCAAGGACAUGCAGGCGCAGGACGCAGAGAAGAACGACGACAAGACCCUGCCAAACGAUGUCUUUGGGGACGAGGCAGACGCGGAAAUCAAGUACAAGGUGCUGAGCUGGUGGCAAGCCGGAUUCCUCAUGGUCGCCGAAACCGUCUCAAUCGGCAUCCUGUCCCUCCCCAGCGUCGUCGCAGCCCUAGGUCUCGUCCCCUCCAUCAUCCUCCUCGUGGCCAUCGGCCUGAUGUCCACAUACACGGGCUACACAAUGGGCCAAUUCCGGUGGUCGUUCCCGCACGUGCAGAGCAUGGCCGACGCCGGCGAGGUGCUGGCCGGCAGUUUCGGGCGCGAGUUCCUGGGCAUGGGCCAGCUGCUGCUGAUCGUGUUUAUCAUGGCGUCGCACCUGCUCACGUUCACGGUCGCCAUGAACACGAUUACGGAGCAUGGCACUUGCACGGUUGUGUUUGGGGUUGUCGGGCUGGUGAUCAGCUAUGGGCUUUGCUUGCCGAGGAGUAGUGCGAAGGUUUCGUAUUUGAGUGUGGGGUCGUUCCUGAGCGUCCUUUCCUCCGUCCUCAUUGUCAUGAUUGCUGUUGGCGUGCAGAGGCCGUGGAAGGGGGAGCUGCAGGCCGUGGCGGAUACGAACCUGUACCAUGCGUUUCUGGGGGUGUGCAAUAUUGUCUUUUCGUUCUCCGGCCACGUCGCCUUCUUCAGCUUCAUCUCGGAGCUCAAAGACCCGCGCGAGUUCCCGAAAUCGCUCUGCCUGCUCCAAGGCACCGACACGAUCCUGUACAUUGUCAGCGCGGUGGUGAUAUACUGCUACGCCGGACCGAAUGUGACGAGUCCGGCGCUGGGCUCGGCGAGUCCGAUUAUCGGGAAGAUCGCGUAUGGGAUUGCGUUGCCGACGAUCAUCAUCGGCGGCGUCGUCAACGGCCACGUCGCAAGCAAGUACAUCUACGUCCGGCUGUUCAAGGGCACAGACCGGAUCCACAAGAACGAUCUUGUUGCCGUUGGGUCCUGGGUCGCUAUUACGUUCGGGACGUGGGUUGUUGCGUGGGUGAUUGCGUCCGCGAUCCCGGUGUUUAAUAACCUGCUUAGUCUGAUCGCAUCCCUCUUCGCGUCGUGGUUCACCUACGGCUUCAACGGGAUGUUCUGGCUGUACCUGAACAAGGACCGGCUGUUCCGGACGCCGAGGAAGGUGUUUCUGACGGUCGUCAAUCUGCUUAUGAUUGGCGUUGCGGCUGCUAUUUGCGGACUUGGUCUCUGGGUUUCUGGACGGGCGCUGCACGAGGACUCGGGGCAUAGGAGCUUCUCGUGUGCGAAUAACGCGAAGUUCUAG